AAGAAACGGUCCACACAACCAAUUGACCUUCUAAACCUUUUUUUUUUAAAGCAUUUAAGCAAUCUUCACAAUUAGUAGGGCUUCAAGCCGCCUAGAGAAUUAUUUUGGCAUCCUAUUCUAUUUACCCGUUACGCCUUAAAUUUAUCUGGAGAAAGCACGCACACAAAAGAUCGUAGAAGGGUUUUGUUUGCUCAUAGACUCGAACACAUUCAGAAAAACAAAAAAACAAAAAAAACAAAACGCUGCAAGGAAAAGACCUAAUUGUAUGAAUCGAUCGUUUUCUGUAUUUUAUUGAUCAACUCUAGCAAUGGGGGUUUCUGAUUCAGGGGGUACAGAGAAUAUAUUGGCCGAACGAGUAAGAAAUUGAUUUGUAUUGGAGAAGGACAGGAUGAACUGGAGGUUGGUUGCUUUGAGAAAGGAACCGGAUUGGAGGCCUAAGACUAGAACUACCAUUUACAAACCUGUGGCAAGGUUCUUUGCUUAUGGAUCCAUUGAGAAAGCAGGACAUGGUUUCUCAACUCGAACUUUGCAUGAUAUAGCAGUAAGGAAACAUGGAAAUCCAUCUUCCCCAGGGUUUCCUGCAAUUCUGUGGAAUCAUCUCAGAUUUUAUCAUUCACAGUACAAAUCGUAUUGGUGUAGGAUAGAUGAGAAGUAUGGAUCUAUGCAGGAAAAUGCUAAAUUUGCACAUUCCAUCCCAACUCUUCUACGGUUUUCAAAAUUUAGGAAAAAUCAUUGUUGGCCAGAGAAUUCCAAAGCAUUUUUUUCAACGACAGAAAGUCCUGGUAUGGCUUACAAUGCUCAAGCUGCAUGGAGGAGACUUUCACUGAUGUGUUGCUAUGGAGGGCCUACAUUUUUACCUAUUAAUAGGAUUGCCCGUGCUGUAAGCUUGGCUUGUUUCAGAUCACAUCUUGCUCCUCGAAUUUUAGCUCUGAUAAUCGGGGAAGCUACCUGGGCACAUAAUAGGUUGGCUGAAUCAGAAGAGACACUUGCAAAUUUUUCUACAAAUGGUCAAGCACUCAAUAGACAUGGCACCAUUGCUACAAGUUUUUGGUCACUCAUGGAGGGAAUUGUUUUGAUAGUAAGGGCUUUUUAUUUGAUAAUUUUAUUCAGUCCAGCUAUUGUUCUUUCUCCAUUUGCAGAUAUAUUUGGGGGGAGGUAUAGACAACUUUGGCUGCAGCUUGUUCACAAAACUUUGGAGAGAGCUGGGGCUGCGUUUAUCAAGUGGGGCCAAUGGGCAGCUACUCGUCCAGAUCUUUUUCCAAGAGAUUUGUGUAACGAAUUGACAAAAUUGCAUACACAAGCACCGGCACAUAAAUUCUCAUAUACACGUCAAUCUAUAGAAAAGGCUUUUGGCCGUAAGAUUAAUGAAAUUUUUGAAGAUUUUGAAGAGGAACCCGUGGCUUCUGGGAGUAUUGCCCAGGUGCAUAGAGCUACUCUGAAGUUUCGAUAUCCUGGUCAGAAGGUAAAGCCCAUGAUGGUUGCAGUGAAAGUCAGGCAUCCAGGAGUUAGUGAAGUGAUUCGAAGGGAUUUUGUGAUAAUAAAUUGGGUUGCUAAGGUUUCUUCUAUGGUGCCUGCUUUGAAGUGGCUAAGACUUGACGAAAGUGUACAACAAUUUGCUGUCUUUAUGUUAUCUCAAGUUGACCUUGCCAGAGAAGCUGCACAUUUGAGCCGCUUUCUUUACAAUUUUCGUAGGUGGAAAGAUGUCUCAUUUCCAAAGCCCUUAUAUCCCCUUGUACACCCAGCAGUUUUGGUGGAGACCUAUGAACAGGGAGAAAGUGUGGCACGCUAUGUUGAUCAACCAGACGGAAAUGAUCGAAUUAAUAAAUCACUAGCUCACAUUGGCACACAUACUCUUCUGAAGAUGCUACUGGUGGAUAAUUUCAUCCAUGCUGAUAUGCAUCCUGGAAAUAUUUUGGUUCGAGUGGGUCAAAGCAGUUCCUCAAACAAGCGAUUUUUUCGAUCUAGACCCCAUGUAAUCUUCCUUGAUGUAGGUAUGACAGCCGAGCUUUCCAAUAAUGACCGGUUGAAUCUACUGGAGUUCUUUAAAGCUGUGGCUCUAAGGGAUGGGAGGACAGCUGCAGAAUGCACUUUAAAGUUUUCAAGAUAUCAGAGCUGUCCAGAUCCAGAUUCCUUCAUAAAGGAAGUGGAGACUUCAUUCAAGUUUUGGGGUUCACGUGAAGGGGAUGUGAUACAUCCAGCUGAUUGCAUGCAUGACUUGCUUGAUCAAGUAAGACGCCACAAAGUGAACAUUGAUGGAAAUGUAUGUACUGUGAUGGUGACAACAUUGGUUCUUGAGGGGUGGCAACGUAAGCUAGAUCCAGAUUACAACAUAAUGGACACUUUGAAAACUCUUCUUUUCAGAGUUGAUUGGGCAAAAUCUCUUUCCUAUACCAUUGAGGGACUCAUGGCUCCAUGAUUGUCAUAAGAGCUAGCCGGUCCAAGUUGCAGGACAGCCUUAUCAAAUUCAUUUUUGGCAUUCAUUUGAGACUUAGUCUUUUUCUACAAAUAAUAAUGGAGCAUCUCAAAGGGCUUUAUAUGGAGUUGGAUAAAUGGUGUCGCUACAAGAUUGGACAGACUUUUGCUGUUCAAGUUUCAAACCCUGAUAUAUUAACUCAGAAAUUUUACCAAUUUUGAAUAUUUGCCAUUUCUUCUCAGAGAGCUAUCAAACCUGCGUAAAACUAAGCAGAAAAAUAAUGUAACGCAGGCACGGCAAUAGUUUUUUUAAAACUUUUUUCAAAAUCUCUUCAGGUAUUUUGGAGCACUAGCUGAUUUUUUGGCAAGCCUUGUACAAAAUUGAACAUCUUCAACAUCUUUCUUGUAUCAUGUAAAUUAUAGAAGCACGGUUUUUGGAAAAUAAUAUUAUUUUAAAUGUGAGCUCA